AUGCAAAGACCCUGGACAGAGGUCGCCAAAGCAAAGCGUGAGGAACGACAAGCACGCAUUUGCAAUCACUCCCAGCGGCUAAGUGAUUCCGAUACCCAGGCCCAGAUCACCCGAAUAGAUAGUGUGAAAUUCUUAACAGAUCAGUUGGAAAAGGGACAUGUCUCAGCAGAAGAAGUUGUCGUGGCUUACGUCGCCAAAGCCUGCAAGGCGCAAGCAGAGACGAAUUGUCUUACGGAAAUCUGCUUUGAUGAUGCCAUAGCACAAGCAAGAGAGCUUGACACAUUCCGGAAAAAUGAAGGUCGUUUGAAAGGCCCUCUACAUGGUGUCCCGAUGUCGUUGAAGGACCAAUUUAACGUCAAAGGCUACGACUCAACACUAGGCUACGUUGGCAGAGCUUUCAAGCCGGCCGCUUCUGAUGCUCUUCUCGUCGAGGUGCUCAAGGAGCUAGGUGCUAUCAUUAUCGCCAAGACAAACCUGCCCCAAAGUAUCAUGUGGGCGGAGACAGAAAAUCCUCUUUGGGGUUUGACAACCCAUCCUAAAAACCCCAGAUUGACGCCAGGUGGCUCUUCUGGCGGCGAGGCAGCACUAUUAGCCCUCCAAGGGUCACUGGUAGGCUGGGGGACUGAUAUUGGAGGCUCCAUCCGCAUUCCGAGUCACAUGAACGGGCUUUGGGGCUUCAAACCCAGUAGUGGAAGAAUGUCAUACCAGGGGGUGGAGGUUUCUACAGAUGGCCAGCAACAUGUACCUUCGGCGGUGGGUCCAAUGGCAAGAUCAUUAGAAUCCAUAAUCAUCACCACAAGAGCAGUUCUCAACAGCAAACUCUGGAAUAUGGAUGCUCAGCUACCACCGAUUCCCUGGGCCCAAGAUGUUCUUGAAGAUUUCUCGCAGAAGUCACUGGUGAUUGGUUUGAUGUUGGAUGACGGGACUGUGAGAGUACAUCCUCCCAUUGCUCGCGUUUUCCAAGACCUUAUUGCAAAGCUGAGGAAAGCCGGCCAUGAGAUUGUCGACUGGGAUACGUCCUUGAACGCUGAGUGUGUCGGAAUCCAGGAUCGAUAUUAUACUGCAGAUGGUGGCGAAGAUAUCCGCAGAGCCGUUGCUGAGGGCGGAGAGCCAUUUCUCCCUCAUGUGGAGGCUUUGGUCAAUCGUGCACCAGCCCUUUCCGUCUAUGAAUACUGGCAACUGAACAAAAAGAAGGUGGCUGCGCAGCAAUCAUAUCUCAGACUAUGGAGCGAGAUCCAAACUCCAUCAGGACGUCCAAUAGAUGUUCUACUCGCACCUACCUUUCCUCACACAGCGGUACCACAUCGAACACUUCGUUGGGCUGGUUACACCAAGCUUUUCAACCUCUUAGACUACUCUGCAUUGUCAUUCCCGGCGGGUAAAGUCACCAAAGGCCUGGAUCCAGCUGUGUUGCCAGAGUAUGAGCCACGCAAUCCUAUGGACGCCUGGAACUGGCAAUUAUACGAUCUUGACCUGAUGGAAGGUCAUGACAUAGGCUUGCAGAUCAUUGGCCGGCGCUUAGAGGAAGAAAAGGUCUUAGGGGCAGCGUUACAGAUUGAACGGCUACUUAAGAGUCCGUCAUAG